CACAAAUUUGGUGGUGCACGGCUGCAUACCCCGACUCUGAAUUUCUGAAAGAUGAAUGAAUAGUUUUGUGCUUGUGUCAUAAUGCAGUUCACUCAGGAUGCCAAUACUGCAUCAUAUUUGUGUAUAAUUAGCUUGGCUAUUUUAAAUGUGCAUUGCAUUCACUAUCACUCUCCUCUUGAAAAGGGAAAAAUUGGUGCAAGUCCAAGUCAUGGGCAAGGUUUAGGAGCACAUCACCUUAAUGAAUCCAAAGAAGACUUUUUGAGUAAUGCACCUUUCAAUAAUAGCCUGCUAAAGUGGUUCUUAGAUGAACAUGACAAGACAGCGUCUGCUCAUUCUGCUGACUCAGUAUCCAGCAACAUCAACAACAGCUCUUUGAUCCCUGAAGUGACAUAUGCCCCACCUCAUCCACCAGACAAUGAUGUCAGCUCUCAGAGUCCACUUGCCACCACCAAGAAACCGGCAAAAAAAUCAAAGCAAAAAAAUCGGCUGAAAAAUCGACAGCAAGGGAAGUCUAAAAACAAUAAGGGGCUUGAUGAAAAUUUGAUUGCUCAAACUAGUGAACCCAGCUUGGUUGAUACUACAAAUGGGAUUCUCUAUGAUGCUACCAAAGAGCCGGCAAGCACUGCUUCAUUGCAACCUCAGAUAAUAACAAAUGAAGACACUCUCUCAACCACAGCCAAUGUCUUGCAUAGAAACUCUCUUCAAAGCUUAGAACAACCAAAGAUACCACCUGAAAGUGACUUACUCAACUCGUCAUCAGUUGAUAGUGAAUUAGUACGAGGGCUCAACAAGACUUCCAAUGGUCUUCUGAUGAAUGCUAAUUCUCAGUCAUUGCAUUCAGACUUUGCUCUCAUUGUUGUUGUUCUUCUUGGUGUAUGCAUGUUUUUGGGGCUUCUAUACUACAAGCGCAGAGAAAAACAACAGCAGUUGGAGCGCAUGAGUCAGCAGCUUCUCCCUAACUACUCCUACAACCCGACUGAUGACCAGGACGACUGGGAGAAUAAGCUCAUCUCUCAAAGUGUAGGGCUUAAAUCCAAGCCUCAGGUGGCCAGUGCAUACAGUGAUGUCGAGAGCAGCAUCAUUGCUGUUUAGUUCUUCCUGGAAGCUUGUCUCUCAUCCUGGAGUAAUUUACUGCACACAGUUGCUCUGUAUUUUUUCUACUUGUACUAGUCAGAAUAAGCUACAACUUUAUUGGUGUGGUAUUUAGCAACAACUAUAUUAUUAAUGAAUAGCAUAAUUAGACUCACUACGAUGAACAGGCUUUACUUUCCUAUAAAACAACAGGCAAGGAUAGAAGGUUGUAUUCUUGAGUUACUCAUCAAGGUUGUAAUGCAAGAUCAGUACCAAUUUCAUGCAAUGAAGUGUGGCUGAGAAUUAAUUUUUAUUCAUUAGAUUACUUAUUAAAUCCGCUUGUGCGCCCAAUUGCCUUGGAAUGCUUAUGCUUUUCUGUGGGCUAUUAACUAACAAUUUUGAACAUUCUUCUUCUAUGUUCACUAGUGUACUGUGCAUUUUUCUCCUACUAUACUUCUUACAAUUUGUUUCUAGUACUGCACAAUUCAAUUUCACUUAUUUUUUUAAUGCACCUGUGAAUAAUUCAAAUCCAUCCAGGGUUUGUGGAAAAGAAUGAGUGGCGGUUUCUAUAAAACCCAACUAUCUUGGAAAAAAUGUAUUGUUUCAUCGAGUGACUUCACUGAAUUGACAAAACAAAAAAAAAACUUCCAAGUACCAAAGGAUUUAUUUUGUGACAUAGGAAUUAGAUUAGGGAAACUUCUGCCAAAGAUGGUGGAAUAAUUUCAGUUAUUGAAUUCACUGGAAGCAUGACAGCAAAGAACCCUUAUAAGCAUGAAAAGUUAAUUUCCUAAUUAGCAAUGUUCAGCCAAUGUUGUUGGAACUCAUCAGCAUUGUUCCUGUAAAUCGAGUUGCAUUUGCACCAGAUUUACUUUGCUGGAAUGGGUACACAUGCAAUAAAUUAUUAAUUAAGGGGGCAUACUCAUGGCAUGUGUGAGAAUCAAAUCUUUAUUAAUGAUCUUAAAAAUCACACUUUACAUAAAAGUAGAAUCAAUGCUUUUAAUUUACUGCGUAUGUGCUUCUGGCUUUCAUUCUAACCACAAUGUAUAUUUCAAUAUAAUUAACUUUUCAUUAUUUUGAUCUAUUGAAGCAUGAAUUUUAUGUUACUUAAUAAGGCAUUCUAGACAAGUCCUCCCUAUUGCCUUUAUUUGUGAAUCAUAUGAUCAUUGAUGAACUGAUUGGAAUUAAUUUGACAAGCCUCCCAUUAUUAUCAUAAAAAAGUCACGAUUAUAAAUAUGGUUACCUAGUUUAGUGAUCAAAUGCAAAGCUCAAAAGAAGAAGCCCAUAAAUUAUUUCCAAAGAGCUCGUUGUGAUGGCGAAAUAUGUGUUUUCUCAAUUCCUGUUUGUCUUGUUUGUAUGCACGCCAGUGACAUCCAAUAAACGUUCAUGUCUUAUGAGCCCACAUUGUGACUGAGAAAUCAUUGCAAAUCUUGAAAGAAUCACGGUUAUAUUUUUUAAGGAGAGAAUACUUGCCUGAAGCUUUUUAAUUUCUGUGUUGAUCAAUUCAAGUGUAUUGUCACAAGUUUAUUAUAAACACAAUCUAAGUAAUUGAAAAUGUCCCAAAAUUUGCCUGCUCUUUGGCAGCUUUUGUGUGAUGUGAAAUUCGUGCAAUUUGUUAACAAUUUGCAGUGCUAUGAGGACCAAAAUGUAAUGCAGUGCAGUGAUGGCUUUAGUUGAAAUGCAGUGCAGUGAUGGUUUAGUUGUAAUGCAGUGCAGUGAUGGCUUUAGUUGUAAUGCAGUGCGAUGAAGGCAGUAAUAACCAGAUGGUCUCAGUGUGAUGACUUCCAGGCAUUAUUUACAUUCUAGUCUAACUGAGUUUUACUAGUGAUAAUGAUAAAUGUGUUGAUUCAAUUACUUGUAUAAAGCCAUUCGUUUUUGACAUUACCACACAUGAAGAUCAGUGGCAAACUUGGCUGCUGUAAUUUCAUUUUUCUCCUAACUGGAGCAUCUAAUACGCUAAUAGGGCAUGUCAUGUUUUCUGUCUUGUGCUCUUAUCUUAAUAUUAUAUUAUUUUAUUUCUUUAAGAUUUGUUCUUGUUAAAAUUCUUUAAGAUCUCAGUGAUUAACAUCCAUGUUGGCUCAAAUUAGGGAGUAUACCAAAUAUUGAUUUUAUUAAUUUAUCGCCGUAUGAACAUUCUCCUACAAACAUGUAUCAUUGUUCAAAAUAUGCCUCUACUCAAGUGUGUAAUAAUCUCAU